AUGUCUCUUUCCAACAAACUAUCUAUUUCCGACCUUGACCUGAAAGACAAGCGCGUCUUCAUCAGAGUUGACUUCAAUGUCCCUCUCGAUGCUGACAAGAAAGUCACAAACACCCAGAGAAUAGCCGGCGCCAUCCCCACCAUCAAGUAUGCCGUCGACCACGGUGCAAAAGCCGUCAUCCUUGCCUCUCAUCUCGGCCGCCCGGAUGGACAAAAGAAUCCCAAAUAUUCCUUGAAACCGGUCGUUCCUGAGCUUGAAAAGCUGCUGGGAAAGUCGGUGACAUUCACUGAUGACUGUGUUGGCCCCGAGGUUGAAGAGACCGUCAACAAGGCAUCUGGUGGUCAGGUUAUUCUUCUCGAAAACCUGCGUUUCCAUGCCGAAGAGGAGGGCAGCAGCAAAGACGCCGAAGGGAAAAAGGUCAAAUCGAGCAAGGAAGAUGUCGCCAAAUUCCGUGCUGGUCUCACUGCCCUGGCCGAUAUCUACGUCAACGAUGCUUUUGGCACUGCCCAUCGUGCACACAGCUCCAUGGUCGGCGUCGAACUACCACAAAAGGCUGCUGGUUUCUUAGUCAAAAAAGAGCUGGACUACUUUGCCCAGGCCUUGGAGGACCCCAAGAGACCCUUCCUGGCCAUUCUCGGAGGCGCAAAGGUCUCAGACAAGAUUCAACUGAUUGACAAUCUACUGGGCAAAGUCAAUAUGCUCAUCAUCACCGGCGCCAUGGCGUUCACUUUCAAAAAGACUCUCGAGGGCGUCAAGAUCGGAAACAGCUUGUUCGAUCAGCCAGGCAGCGAGAAGGUCGCCGGCAUUGUAGAAAAGGCAAAGAAGAACAACGUCGAGAUCAUCCUGCCCGUCGACUACAUCACCGCCGACAAAUUUGGCGCCGACGCCCAGACCGGCUACGCCACUGAUGCCGAUGGCAUUCCCGAUGGGUGGCUCGGCCUCGAUGUCGGCGAAAAGAGUGUGGACUUGUACAAAGAAGCCAUCAACAAAGCCCAGACCAUCCUUUGGAACGGGCCCCCAGGUGUUUUCGAAAUUGAGAAAUUUGCCAAUGGCACCAAGAAGACAUUGGAUGCUGCUGUUGCCGCUGCUACUAGCGGCAAGGUAGUUAUCAUUGGAGGUGGUGACACCGCGACUGUUGCUGCCAAGUAUGGCGUUGAGGACAAGCUAAGCCAUGUCUCAACGGGUGGUGGUGCGAGUUUGGAACUGCUCGAGGGCAAAGACCUACCUGGUGUCUCUGCAUUGUCAAGUAAGUAG